AUGGGAGAGGCUGCAACUUCGACCAGGCGGAGGGCCUUGGCAAUUGACUCCAGAGAUACAACACAGUGGUCGAUCUGGCUUGGAAACCUGCAGCUCGCCUUUGGCGGCACGUUUGGCCAGCACGGCCACCAUCGCCGGCAGGGCGCGACGAUGACGGGCAGCAGCACGCUCAGCCGGCCCGCCAGCCUCGCCAAGCGCAUCUCCAUCUUCCUCCACCCGCACACUCACAGCCCUGCCGAGAAACCCAGUGAACCAGCGCCCUCUGAGCCUCCUCCUCCUACCCAGCCUUCCCCCAACUCCCCGCUAGUUGGAACUCUUGACCCCCAAAUCAACUCUCAGGACAAAAUCCAGGAAAUCACAUCCACCCAUCACCACCCUUCUUCUCCUUUGCCGCCCUCUCCAUGA